AUGAAAGAAAGAGAUGAGUUUGAUCUGAUGAAGUCUGAAACCCAGGGACAAUUGGAGGAAAUAGAACAAAACAAACAAGACAUUCGUGUGGAGAAGGAAAAGCUGGAUCAGAUCAAAGCUGAGUUAGAAAGACGGUCUGAAGACGUAAAUCAGGUCAUGGAUGAGACAAGACGGGAGAGGGGGAAGGUUGAAGAACUGGCUAUCCAAACUCAAAAAGAAAGAGAAGAAAUGGUGGGUUUUAUGGAAAAGAACAAACAAAAGCAGAACGAACUGGAACUCAUGAAUGACAAGAUUGAAAGAGAGAAACAAGACAUUGAAGAAAGUCGGGAUGUGCUAACAAAGGAGAGAGAGGAGCUGGAACAAAUGAGGAGUGAGAUACAGCAACAGAGAGAGGAGAGAGAAUCUCACAUGGAAGACCAAAGGAAAGAGAAAGAACGUUUGGAACAAAUGAUGACGGACAUGAAAAAACAGUUGCUAGAGGUGGAUAAUGACAAGGAAAUGAUAGAAAGCUCAAUGGGGGAACUGAGAGUGAAAGAGGCAGAAAUGGUGAGAGAAAAAGACAACAUGGAUAACAGGAUGUCUAGGCUCAAAGAGGAAGAGGAUGGAAUGCAGGAAGAAAUAGGAAGGAAGAUGGACAUCUUAAAGAAGGAAAGUUGUGAAAUCAAAAGACUUAGAGAUGAAAUUGACAGUGAAAAGGACCAGCUGAAUGCAAAAUUGCUUGAGUUGGAAAAAAUGCGUGAAGAACUAGAUAGAGAGAAGAAGGAAGUGAACAACAGGAAGGAUGAAGCACUGAAAGAGAAAGAUCAGUUGGAAGAGAGGCGAGGUAAGAUAAGUAAGGAGAAAGAGGAAUUGGAUAUCAGUCUUGAUCUGAUGAAAAGACAAAGGGAAGACUUGACAAGCUUGAAGGCUGAAGCAGAAGCACAGACCGAGCCUAUGGAAAUAGACUGGAAGGAAAAGCUCACGAGGGAAAGACAACAACUUGAAGAUGUAAAGGAGGAGAUACAGAAGGAAAAAGAAGCCUUUGAGAGAAAGAAGGGAUUGACCAUGAAAGAAAGAGAUGAGUUUGAUCUGAUGAAGUCUGAAACCCAGAGACAAUUGGAGGAAAUAGAACAAAUCCAGAAAGAAAGGGAGGAAAUGAAAAGUGUUAUUGAAGUUAUCAAGAGAGGAAAAGCUAAUCAGGAAGUGAUGGAAUCUGAGAUUGUGACAAAGAAACGAGAAACAGAUAAUAUCAUGGAAAUGAUCUCAAAAGAAAAAGACAACAUGGACAAAAUUAAGAUUGAAAUGGAAAGAGAGAGGGGCGAAUUUGAGAUCACCAAGGGCAAGAUGGUGACGGAGAUGGAUGAGCUCGGACAGAGAAAAGCUGAGAUCGAGAAUGAUAAAUAUGAAGCCGAAAUGUUGAUGGCUGAACUGAAAGAGGAAGAGCAAAGAAUGAAAGAAGAAAUUUGCAAGAUGAAAGACAGUCUCGAGCAGAUCAAAGCUGAAAUACAACCACAGAGAGAAGACAUUGAAAGCAAGAUGGAGGAGCUGAAUGUCCAAAAGGCUGAGAUGGAAAGUGCUAUGACAGAUAUCGACAGACAAAAAAAGGACAUGCAAAACCAAAGACAGCAAAUUGAACAAGACAACCAAAAGAUGAACAAGGAAAAGGAUGAUCUGGAAAGGAUUAAGAUGGAGAUAGAAACACGAUCAGCACAUCUAGAAAACCUUUUGGAGAAAACAAAGAGGGAGAAAGAGGAUGCUGAGAUAAUGACUAUUCAAGUCCAGAAGGAAAGGAAGGAAAUUGAAAGUGUUGUCGAGGAGAACAACAAACGGACAGAGAAACUGGAAUUCAUGAAAACUGAGGUGGAUAAAGAGAAACGAGAAACAGAAAACAUCAAGGACAUGGUAACAAAGGAGAAGAUUGAAUUGGAACAGAUCAGGAUGAAGUUAGAGGCACGAUCUGAACAUCUGGACAACAUCAUGGACGAGACAACAAGGGAGAAAGAGUAUGUUGGUGACAUGACUGUCCAAAUGCAGAAAGAAAAAGAGGACAUUGAAAACUUGAUAGUCAACAACAACAGACAGAGAGAGGAACUGGAAUUGAUGAAAGCUGAACUAGAAGAAGAGAGAUCAGAGACUGAAAAUGUCAAGGAUGUGCUAUCGAAGCAAAAGAAUGAUCUUAAACAAAUGAAGAUUGAGAUGGAGAGAGAGAGAGAAGAAAUGGAUAACACCAAGGACAAUAUUGCAGUUGAUAUGAAUGAGCUGGAACAGAGAAAAGUUGAGAUGGAGGAUCGAAAAUAUGAAGCAGAAAAUUGGGUGGCUGAACUAAAAGAGGAAGGGCAACGAGGGAAGGAGGAAAUCUGCAAGAGGACGGAGAACCUGGAACAGAUCCACACAGGAAUACAACCACAGAGAGAAGACAUUGAAAGCAAGAUGGAGGAGCUGAAUGUAAAACAGGCUGAGAUGAAUAAGGCUACGACAGAUAUCGACAGACAUAAAGAGGAAAUGCAAAAUCAAAGGGAAGGAAUACAACAAGACAAACAAAAGAUGCAAGAGGAAAAGGAUGAACUGGAACAGAUCAAGAUGGAGUUACAAACACGAUCAGAUUUCCUGGAAAACCUCAUUGAGGAGACAAUGGGGAAGAAGGAGAACAUUGAAAGUAUGGCUUUCCAGAUUCAGAAGGAAAGGGAGGAAGUUGAAAGUAUUGUUGAGGAUAUCAAGACAAGGAAAGCUGAUCUGGAAUUGAUGAAAGCAACGGCUGAAGUAGAGAAGCAAGAAACAGAAAACAUCAAGGAAAUGAUCUCCAGGGAAAAAGACAAACUAGAACAAAUGACGAUUGAGAUUGAAAGAGAGAAGGAAGAAAUUGAUAUCACCAAGGGCAAAAUUGAAAUGGAUAUGGAUGAGCUGGAAAGUAGAAAGGCUGAGAUAGAGACUGGAAAACAUCAAUCUGAAAAACUGAUUGCUGAAUUGAAGGAGGAACACCAAAGAAUGAGGGAGGAUAUCAGGAAGAUGAAAGAAAACCUAGACACUGAAAUACAGCUGAAGAGAGAUGAUAUUGAAAGUAAAAUGGAAGAGUUGGAUGUCAAAAAGAGAGAGCUGGAAAACAUGUGGACCGAUAUUUACAGAGAAAAGGAGGAACUACAAAACCAGAGAAAGGAAAUAGAAGAAGACAAACAAAAUAUACUAGAUGAAAAGGGUGGGCUGGAACACAUCAAGGCUGAUUUACAGAUGAAGAGCAAAAAGGAAGGCUUGGCUGUCCAAUUCCAGAUGGAAAAGGAGGAAAUUCAAAGUGUCAUGGUAGAACCCGAGAUAAGAAGACAAGUACUGGAAUUUACAAAAGUGGAGGUAAAGAAGGAAGAAACCGAAAACAUCAAGGACAUUGUAUUAAAGGAUCAGAAACAUCUGGAACAAAUGAAGAUUGAGAUGGAAAGAGAAAGAGAAGAAAUUGAUAAUACCAAGAUCAAGAUAGCGAUCGAUAUGGAAAGGCUGGAAGCCACAAAGGUUGUAAUAGAGAGACAACUGAAAGAAGAACAACGACAAAUGAGGGAGGAUAUCGAGAAGAUGAAAGACAACCAAGAGCAGAUCAAUGCUGAAAUACAAUUACAGCGAGAGGACAUUGCAGCCCAAAUGGCUGAGUUAAAUGUAAAAAAAGCAGAGUUGGAAAACAUUCAAGCUGAUCUAGACAGACAGAAAGUAGAACAUGAUGACAUGAGAAAAUACAUAUUUGUGGGAAAGAAUCAACUGGACGAGAGGAAUGCUGCCUUGCAAAAACAAAGGGAGGAGAUGGAUAAAAUCAUGGAACCAACAGCUGUGAUAAAGGCUGAAGUACAAACACAGACAGAGCCCAUGGAAGACAGCUUGGAGGAACAGCUCAAAGGGGACAUGGAAGAAGUUGAAGGUCAUGACAUAGACAAAGAGAAAAAGGACCUGGGACAAACCAACAGGCUGGCAAUGAUAGAGAGGGAUGAGUUGGAAUCCAUGAAGUCUGAAAUAGGAAAACAAAGACAGGAAAUAGAGGAGAACAAUCAAAAGAUACAGGAUGAGAAGGCUGAGAUUGAAAAGAUCAAGAAUGAUUUACAGAAACGGUCAGAGAAUCUAGACAACCUCGUGGAAGAGACAAAGAGGGAAAAGGAGAAUGUUAAGGACAGGGCUGCUCAAAUCCAGAAGGGCCAGGAGGGAAUUGAACGUGUUAUUGAGGAUACCAAGACAAAGAGCCCUGAACUGGAAAUGUUGAAAGCUGAGAUAAAGACAGAGAAACAAGAAACAUUCAACCUGAAGGACAUGACAUCAAAGGAGAAACGUGACUUGGAACAAAUUAAGGUGAAAAUGGAGAAAGAAAUACAAGAACUGGAGAACACCAAGGACACGACAGAAAUUGAUAUUAGUCAGCUGGAACAAAGAAGGGUUCAGUUAGAAGGAGAAGAAGAUGGAAUGAAAAAUCUGAUGGCUUCACUGAAAGAGGAAGAGCAGAGUAUGAAAGAGAAUAUUGGGAAGAUGAAAGAAAAUUUAGAGCAGAUUAAUGCUGAAAUACAAGUACAGAGAGAUGACAUUGCAACACAAAUGGAAGAGUUAAAUGUCAAGAAAGAAGAGCUGGAAAACAUUCAAAUGGACAUCGACAGACAAAUAGAACAGAUGGGCAAAACACAAAAUGCUAUGAUCAUGGAAAAGAAUGAACUGGGAGAGAAGCUUGCUGGCGUGCAAAAACAAACGGAGGAGGUGGAAGCCAUCAUUGAAAUGACAAAGAGGGAGAGGGAGGAUGUGGCCAGGAUAAAGGCUGAAACAGAGGAACAGAAAGAUCAUAUGGAAGACAACCUGAUGGAAACUCUGAAACACGACAGAGAGGAACUUGAACGCCUGAAAGAAACAGAAAGAAAGGAGGAAACUAAGGGCAUUAAAGAGAAAACAGGGAGGGAGACGGAAGGGUUAGAACAGGUUAACAUAGAGUCCCAGAGAGUGCUGCAAGAUCUGGAGAACGUUGUGGAGGAAACCAUGGAGAACGAGGGUGCAGGGGAAAUGGCUAUCCAAAUACAAAAGCAAAUGGAGGACAAUGUGAGAAUCAUUGAGGAGAUGGAGCAAGAGAAGGCAUAUUUAGAGCUGAUGAACGUUAAGAUGCAAAGUGAGAGAGAAGAAAUAGACUCUAACAAGGCCAUGAUUGAAAGGGAGAAGGAUGACCUGCAACAAAUGAAGUCUAUGAUUACACGGCAGAGAUGCGAAAUUGAACAAAUUACAGCCGUCUUAAGGGACGAGAGGGACACUCUUGAGCAAUUUAAGACUGAUAUGGAAAGACAGCGACAAGAGAUGAUGAACAAUAUGGACUUGGUGGAAAGAGAGAGAGAUGAACUGGGAAAGACGAGGUCGGAGAUGGAUGAGUUGGAACACAUGGCAGCGGAAACAGAAAGACCGAAGGAGAAGAUGGAUAAAAGAAAGGGUGCAGCAAUGAUGGAGGCGCCUCCGCUGGAGGAAAGAGAAGACAGCGUUCAGAAACAGAGUGUUGAAGUUCUCUUCAUCUCAGAUACAACACAGACAGAAAAAAUAAAGGAUGAACCCGAACAAAGCGCGGUUGAGACACUUCAGACACAGGGCGAAACGAUGGGCUCAGUCAAGAAGGACAGAGAUGAUCUCGAACAAAUGAGAGCAACAGAAGAAAGGCUCCCAAAGAGAGAUCAUUUGGAGAAAAUCCGUCAGGAGGCUCAGGCAGAAAAGGAGGAGAUUGAGAAGAUUAAGCACAGAGUUCAUGAGAUGAAAGAACAUCUAGAGGGAAGACUAGCAGUGAUUCAGAGACACGAGUUGGUACAGAGAACAAGGAUACAAAGAGAGAAAGAAGAGCUAAAGAAGAUGAAGGAAGAGUUGGAGAGAGACAGCCAAGCUCGGCAAACAGAGUGGGACAGAGGCAGGAGGAAACUUCAGGAGAAGGACCAGGAGCUUGAGAUGCUAAAAGUGGAGAUGUUCAGAGAGAUCGAAAGACUGCAGGUUCAUAUGGAAAAAGAGAUGGAGACACUGGAGACAAGUGACAAAGGUGUCCAAACCUCAGACGUGGUAUUAACCAUAGAAGAAGAGAGAAUGUGGUUGAUGGAGGACUCAACGACAGAGGAGUACAGUAUGCUGGCAGAAAUAAGUCAAGAAACAGAGCAAACCACAGUGGAUAUGACAUUUGCCAGUUCAUCACUGGAGCUCCAGGGUCAAUCAGAGGAGCACACAGUGAUAGAGGAUGCUCAGAUGAGCGUAGUAAGAGCAGAGGCUUCUCCAUUCAGCAGGUUGCUACGGUGGCUUUGGCGCUACUGCUGUGGCUGCUGCCGCUGUUGUGACUGCUGCGGAAGGGAGUGUGAAGAAGAAGAGGAGGAGAACAUAGUCUAGUCCCAACUAUAUCAGUGGGGCUUAAAAUAAAUGAAUUUGCUAUGUAAAGGCUGUGUGGGAAAAAAAUCUGGUUCAGUAAUAUGAAUUGUGAAACAACACCAUCAGUUAUCAUUCAUUCAGUUACAUCACAUAUGAUCUCUAUUCUACUAUGCCCAAGUGAAGUGAUAAGAAAUCAUGUCAAGAUGAUGUUAUGCAUUAACCUGAUUUAUAUGCCGUGUAGUAAGGGUUGUGCAGUAUUGCAGUGCUAUGUAUUUACAAUGAUGGUGAACUAAGUUUGCACUGAAUAUUAGAUCUAGAGAGAGCAACAUGUACCUUUAUUUAUUUGUUAUAUUUAUAUUGAAAUAUGUAUUUAUUAUAUCUCUUUACAGCUUUUGUUAAAGGUGCACUGGAUACUGAAUGGACUCUUAUCAAGAUUUGUCAAAACAAGUUAUUUCUAUUACUUUUAGUUUUCUUAUUUUUAUACACACAGAAUUUGCAGUAAACAAAGCGCUAUUCUAUCAUUUUCUCAGGGACAGCUGUUGUUCUUUAAGCCAGUAUUUUGUAAGUGUAAAAGCCUUGUAAAUUCAUUUAUAAGCGUGUCAUUCUAAUGUAUUUAAUUUGGUUAUUUCUGCAUCUAUUUCUCUAUACAUCCACAAUUACAACAAACAUGUGCUAUUAUGUUCUCAGAUGGGAUGAAUUCACAGUGCAGUAAUGGAUACUAGCAGUGACUGAAGAAGUACAAAAUACACUUGAUUAUUUUGAUAUGAGCAAUGGUUCCCUUCAUGAACUUCUGUGGGGUCUGGGAUUCACUCAGUCAAGCAUUUACAUUGCAAGGUUGGGUCAAUAAUCAGCAAUGACAGUAACCCAGACACAGUGGGUUAGGUUGGCCUCAGCAGACCUAAACCAUUGUUGCCGGAGGCAGCUGAAAGGGGACACUAAUAAAGUAGUCAUUACCCAGGAAAUUGCUUAUAACUUGUUCCUUGUCGUGAAUGGCAAGGAAAGUUACUCAAAGUUGGCACAGGAACUUGGCAGUUCACACUAGCUCCACAACAGUGGUCUAUGAGAGCUGAGUUUGAAGUUUUGCAAAAGCUUCAUGUCAAAUGAAUCAAUGCACUAUGGGCCGGUUUCCUGGACUUAAAAGGAUACUCUAUGGAGACUAUCCAUACUUGAGUUUUUUAGUUCAGGAAUAGGUUUAACUAAAUUAUUUUCUCAAGAAUAAUUUUGACCCAAAGACUGAUGGUGGAGAUGCAGGAAUAAAAAGCAAUUCUCACUCACAAUUUGACAGACACUAUUAAAAGUGCGAGAAUACGCCAAUACAAAAAGUAUGUUUCUGACAUUGGAUGGAACAUUCAUAUUCCUGUGGAAAAGCACAGCUGCAAUGCCUGGGAAAUCGACCAAUCACUCAUGUACCUGGAUACUAUUUACCAUUGUUGUCAAAGUACUGUUUGCCUGUAACCCAAUAAAGACACCAUUAAUAAAUGUG